AUGGGCUUCAUCAACAAGGCUGUGAUGAGCGUCUACGGCUUGGAGGAGAGCAACUUCCUGCUGCUCUGCCAGAUGGCGGUCACCGUGGCGGUACUCUUCUUUCUGCGCGGUGCCGGGAGGGUGCAGUUCGCGCCCAUCAGCCUCGCGCAGGCCAAGAAGCUGCUCCCGGUGGCGAUUUUGUACAAUGCGAACGUCGCCUUCGCGCUCGCCAGUCUCGCCAAGGUGAGCGUGCCGACCUACAACACGCUGAAGCGGCUGACGCCCGCGGUGGUCCUCGCCGCGAACAAGGCGCUGCGACUGAGGCCCGAUCCUUCCAAGGAGGUCGUCGCGUGCAUCGUCGUCGUGGUGCUCGGGUGCCUCAUCGCGGGAUACGGGGACUUGGAGUUCGAUCCCAGGGGGUACGUGAUGGGCCUCACGUCUUGCGCGCUGCAGGCGAGCUACCUCCUGGUGGUGGAGAGGACCGGGGCGGAGCGCGGGAUGAAUUCCAUCGAGAUCAUGGUGUACAACGCUAUGCUGUCGUCGCCGCCGCUGUUUCUCGUGGUUCUCGCCACUGGGGAGCUCGGGUCCGGAAUCGAGAGGUUGAGUGCGAUGUCCGGGGACGUCGGGUUCGUCUCGGUGUUCGUCCUGGCGCUGCUGGCGGGCAUGCUGCUCAACUACGCGCUCUUCCUCUGCACUUUGACCAACUCGGCUCUCACGACGACGGUGGUCGGGGUGCUGAAGGGCGUGGUGAGCACGGCGUUGGGUUUCUUCCUGCUCGGCGGCGGGGUGGAUCCCAGCGUCACGCACGUGAUGGGCAUACUGACGAACACCGUCGGGGGAGUGGCGUACUCGUGCGUGACGUACAGCGAAAAGCAGGCAAAGCGGAGGAUGAAGGUGAAGAACAGCGACUUGGACCUCGCGGGUUCAGAGGGGAAGUAG